AUGUCUAAACGACAUCGAGCCCCCAUCAUGGAGCCUAAAGGUCCCGAAAUACCUGUGGUUUUCGUUCAUGCCGGCGCGGGUUACCAUAGCACUACGAACGAGCCCGCCCACUUAGAAACAUGCAAAGAGGCCUGCAGGAUCGCCAUGGCCUUGCUUAAGAACGGUUCAACGGCAGUCGAAGCCAUCGAAGGUGCGAUCAAAGUUCUGGAAGACCGAGAGAUCACGAACGCCGGAUAUGGCAGCAAUCUAUCCAUGGAUGGUGUCGUAGAAUGCGACGCGUCAAUCGUCGAUCACUUCGGCCGCAGUGGUGCUGUCGGCGCGGUUGCGCAGAUUAAGAACCCCAUCUCCCUCGCACGCGUUAUUCUCGAACAUAGCACCAAGCAGCUAACCCUCCGUCGUGUACCUCCGAAUCUUCUCGUGGCACAAGGAGCGACCGACUUCGCCUAUGAGUACGGGAUGCCCAUAUUGCCUUUCGACGCUCUCAUUUCACCGGCUGCGAAGGAGCGGUGGCUGAGAUGGAAGCACGACUUGGCCCUGGCGGAGCAAAAGGCGCGCGCCAAAGACCGAUAUACAUCACCACUGGUGCAAUCAACAAGGGACAUGGAUCCCGAACGUGAAGAGAUGCGCAAGAAGCAUACCAAACGGUUGCAACACGACGGAUACUUCCGGAGUGAAUAUGAGCUGCUCUCCCCGAAAUUGAGUUCCGACCGAAGCAGUGACUCGUGGCCGUCCUUUCCGCCCUCUCCCUCAGCGGUGUCGGGAGCAUCCGAUCCGGCGAGACGGUCCCCAUUAACACGGCUGGACCUAGCUGCAGAACCUAGGAAUGCCCAGGUCAAUGAGGCUUCGCGCAAUGCUUUCAUCAACAGCACACAACAUACCCCACCAGUCGACACCUUUCGGGAGGGAUAUCUACACAGCGGCGCAGCUGAUCAAGCUGAUAGCACCAACUUGGCUGGCGCAAGAAACUUCAUCGAUCCCUCGCCUCCCGAAAUGUUCGCCCGACCUCGUCAUGGCUGGGAUCCUGUCCUACGAGCGCAGUUGGAGGCAUCCGAGGAAAGGACGCUUCGAGAACCAUCCCGUAUGCAAGGAAUAUCCCCGUCGCCUGCUCCAAGCACGGACGGGGGGGUUGCCAUCGACACCGAUCAGCCCGAUCACCGGACGGGGCCUUGCACCUGCGGUGCCGCUCCCGACGAUCGACUGGUCUUAAGCAGCUUGACCGUCGACGGGGACCACAUGUGCACCUGCGAUCCACCCACACAUUCCGACCCACCCCGCCUCGUCGACGCCGCCCCCUUCCCCAGUCGCUCCCGAGGCGAAGACAAUGUCACCGACACCGUCGGCGCCAUCGCCAUCGACGAAUGGGGCAACAUCGCCUGCGGCGCCUCGUCCGGCGGCAUCGGCAUGAAAUACCGCGGCCGUGUCGGCCCCGCCGCGCUCGUCGGUGUAGGCGCUGCCGUCAUCCCGAUCGACCGAGACGACGACGACAAGACGUGUGUCGCGACGGUGACGAGCGGCACGGGCGAGCACAUGGCGACGACGAUGGUGGCGACGGCGGGGGCAGACCGGCUGUACCACGGCACGAAGAAAGGGCCGCGCGGGGCGUUCGCAGCGGCGGACGACGACGACGUGAUGCGCGCGGUGAUCGAGCGGGAUUUCAUGGGCCAUCCAAGCGUGCGGAACAGCUCAUCGGCCGGUGCGCUGGGCAUUCUGAGCAUCAAGAAGACGCGGGACGGCGCGUAUCUCUACUACGCGCACAACACGGAUUCAUUCGCCGUCGCGUCUUACAGUGGGCGGGACGAGGCGCCGCGGGCGACGAUGUCGCGCAGUCCGGGCAAUGGGAAGAUUGCGACGGGUGGUCAUGCGUACCCGAGUCGAGUCAGGCAGAAGGGCAACGCAUAG